AUGGCGGCGGCCGGGCUGGGACCCGGCGAGGCCGCCGCGGCCGCUCACGCCCUGUCGCUGCCGGCCGAGGCCUUCGGUAACGAUCCCCGCGUGGAGCUGGCCUGGGCCAUGAAGGCACACCAGCACGCCCAGGUCUACUUCAACCUCAUCUCCUCCGUCGACCCCAAGUUUCUGAACCUCACCAAAGUCGAUGACCAGAUCUACAGCGAGUUCAGGAAAACCUUCAGGGAUCUUAAAAUCGACGUGCUCGACCCAGAAGACCUCAAAUCAGAGCCUGCCAAGGAGAAAUGGCGCCCGUUCUGCCUGCGGUUCGAGGGGGUGGUGGAGGACUUCAACUACGGCACCCUGCUCCGCCUGGACUGCCGCAAAGACUACACCGAGGAGAACACCAUCUUCGCCACCAGAAUCCAGUUUUUCGCCAUCGAAAUCGCUCGGAACAGGGAGGGCUGUAACAGCGUCGUCUACAGCAGCGCCAGGCAGCCGGCGGCUGCCGCGGCAGAGGAAGCGGCGUCGGGGUGAGGACGGGACGUGUUCACCCGGGCAGAAAGCCCCCCUGCCCGCUGCUGGUCCCUGCCUGGGCAGGGGGAGAGCAGGGCUGUACCUGCCUUCCCUGCUCCUCCAAGUUCAGACUCCAUUUGCAGACUGUAAAUAAAUGUUUUUA